CUCAUAACGCCAAAACCAACCCGCAGACAGCAAGAGCCAGAGAGAGAGAGAGAGAGAGAGAGUCUCUAUCUUGUGUUCUCCUUUUUCAAUUUCUAGGGUUUGGGAUUUUUUUUUUCUCUGUUUUUUUGGGUCUCUAAGUGGUGGCGGAGAAGAUGAGUGGCGAGAGAAUCACGGGGAAAGUCAAAUGGUUCAGCGACCAGAAGGGUUUUGGCUUCAUAACCCCUGACGAUGGAGGUGAAGAUCUUUUUGUUCAUCAGUCUUCGAUCCGCUCCGAGGGCUAUCGCAGCCUUGGAGAGGGCGAAGAGGUUGAAUUUCAGAUCGAACAGUCUGAUGAUGGCCGUACCAAAGCGGUUGAUGUAACUGGCCCCGAUGGCAACCCUGUUCAGGGAUCUCGUGGCGGAGGUAGUGGGGGUGGAAGAGGCGGUCGAAGCGGUGGUGGCGGCGGAGGAUAUGGCGGAGGUGGGUACGGUGGUGGCGGUGGAGGUGGAGGAUAUGGAAGUGGUAGAGGUGGAAGGUCUGGAGGAGGUUAUGGGUCUUCUGGCGGCGGUGGUGGGGGCUGCUUUAAUUGUGGUGAGAUGGGGCACAUGGCGAGGGAUUGUCCGCAGGGUGGAGGAGGCGGCGGCGGCGGCGGCGGGAGGUAUGGUGGUGGCGGAGGAGGGGGAGGGAACUGUUUUAACUGCGGAGGAUCUGGUCAUUUUGCUAGGGAAUGCCCAAAUAGCGGCCGCUGAGCUAAGCGGGGUAAAAGGGUUGAAUAUGCAAAAUGUGAUAGAUCACAUUUUGCGUGCUCUCCUUCUCUCCUGGCUGUUGGCUACUUUUAUUUUGAUGGUUUGUUGAUGAUGAUCCAGAUUGUUUGGCAAAUGGGUUGUCUUUCUUAUCCAGUAUGCACUAUGUUUGGCUUCCAUAGUCUUUUGGUGUUCUAAUUUUUCAGUCUUUUUAGGGAUAUGAUGAUUUUCUCUUUGGUCUUCUGUUCCUAUUUUGCUAGUUUAUUAUUAGAUUUUCAAAUCGGUAUGAUGCUGAUAGUUCUAAGUAGAGGGGCAGUGGUGAGGAUGAUGGAAUAUUGCAGAAAAAUUUUUAAGAUAUUCGAAGUGUAAGCUCUCUCUGUUUUCAAAGAUGUCUAUACACAAUAUAUGAAUAUACAUGCUGGUUUGGUUCUAUCCUAA